AUGACCACGAUGAGGAGCGUCGCGGGGCUUCUCCUGCUGAUUUCUCGUGCGGAUCCAAAACCAAUCCCAGUCGUUCCUACUGGCGCAUUCGGUGUCGACGACAGCAGCGGUGUCCCUCGGCAGCGGCAGCAGGAGCCGCCGGUUACAGCCUUCGGCGAAGCCGUGCAUGCAUUAGAUCCGGCACGGGCACGACCAUCAGAUGCAGCAAUACCAGGCUGGGAAGAGGAUAGUACACCGUCGGGCGAACAAGCCCACGACGAAGAGACUUCCGUCCUAUCCCUUACGGCUACGAACGGGUAUCCGGAUAUCGUAUGGUCACCCUGGGUACACCUGGCUGAGCCGCACCGAGCCACCGUCCUGCGCGCGGAAUCUCAAGUUGGGAAUCCUAAUGAUGAUGUCUUCUUGUGGACGAUACCGAACGAGAAUGGGGCAUCGUUUGAGGGCAGGGAAAUCGAGUACAUCUUCACCGACCCGGGUCGAAAGGAUAUCGUGCUCACCCAGACCGUUACCUCCACGGGCGAACGUUACAGCCUCCACACAUACAUCAUGGUCAAGUACGUGCGGCGGGAGAUCCGCGCUCUGAACAACGCUGACCGAGUCGCCUUUUUCGACACCUUGGAGACUCUCUACCGACUGCCGACAUCGCAAGGAGUCGAGGAGUUCGGGACGGACUACAAGGGUAUCGAUUACUUCGUGCAGAUGCACCUGGACGGCGCCGGCGUGAAGGACUGUGACCACUGGCAUGACGACGCCGGCAUCAUGACCCACCACGUGGGAUACACGCUGCAGUUCGAGCAGGCCAUGCAGCUGGUUAACCCCUCCGUGAGCAUUCCCUACUGGGAGUACACCAUCGAAGCCACGGAAGGCCUUCCUUCUUACGGGGAGUCCACGGUCUUCAACGACGAUUGGUUCGGGGAGUUCUCCCCGAGAAACGAGCUCCACACCGUGACGAAGGGACGCUGGGCGUUUCUCCCGAUCCAACCGGAUGCGUGGGACUCCGUCCACAACCCGUACGGCCUUCUUCGCUCUCCCUGGAAUCUCAACCCGACUCCGUUCGUCACCCGUCACAACGCAACUAGCUCCAUGUCGGCCACCGCCAUGGUGAGCUGCAGCGUAUACCUGAGCUGUUUUGACUCCACCACCCUCGCGGACAUGAACUCCUGCCUCAAUGGAGAAACUCACGGGCCUGUACACAUCCUGGCCGGGGGCGAGUGGCACGCGGCGGAAGAAGAUUUCAUCCAGAAAGUCGGGUACUACGAAUCUGUGCCGCUCGUCACCAAGUUCCUCUGGCGCAAGGGCUACCUGUCGAUCCCUGACACGUGCGAUCAAGGAACGCCGUGCCAGACUUCCUGCCCCGCCAAGCUGUACGAGUCGAAAGGAAUGACGCCUUACGAUGUCCUCCUCGACGUGCACGCUCUGAUGUGGACGGCGCAUACGUCUGCUUCACUGGUGUACAACAGCAAGAAAGACAAGUUCGAGGUGAAGGGGCACGAAGAUGACGAGUCCUUCCAGCAGGCGUUCUUCAAGAAAAUGCUCAACUCCUUCUGCAAUCCAGGAAACGUCGGGGAGAUGUAUACGUCUGCAGCACCGUACGACCCGCUGUUCUGGGUGAUUCACCCGACGGCCGACCGACUGCUCGCCUGGAGACGGAUGCUAGGUCGUCAAGGAGCGGAAGGGUGGGACUUCGACGAGACCUGGGGCUACGCCCACUCCUCUGUCGUUGGGGAAACGGGCACCGUUUGCAACUGGGACGACGUCGUUCCCGGAUCGGGCGACAUGCCUACAUGCGUCAAGGGCAUCUGCGGAGGGCACAACGAGGAUGACCUCCUCCCUUUUUCGGUCAAGAUCAACGGGGAGGUGAUGAAACUGACGAACGCGGGUUGGAUGGACCUCAUAUACCCCACCAAUGAGGACCUGCCCUACAUGUAUGACGAAUUCAAGUGGACGCACUGCAGAGUCCAUUUAAAGAAGCGGGAAUACAGAGACCACUGGGUACGGGAGGUGGUGCGGGCGGUAGUGCGUCGAGGCCCAAACCCUGAACGCUGCCUGGGGCGAGGCCGUCGUCGAAAACACUUCAAGCUCAACAUUGACUCUGCAGCUAUCAUAACACUGACUCAAGGGACCAUACGGGACGCCUAG